AUGACUUCGGUCAAGUCCUCCAUGUUGUCGGGUUUGAUGUCCACAAUGUCUGCGUUGGGAAGGCCGGUUAAGGAAAAUCAUCGCCGGGCGCCAGCAACCGAGAAUUUCUCGUGGCCAGUCUCAAGCGGACGCUUCCUUGCUUGGUGCCUGUAUUACAAGAAUCUUGACUGCAUCCUCUUGGGAAUGCGGGCUCCGUCUCCUCGCCCAUUGACCGCGCCGCCGGAUUACUCAGCAGCCGCCGCAGCGGACAGGCUGACCCAGCAGAGGGAGGGCGGCGGGGGAGCGGCUGCCAUCGCUCAGCCCAACCGGGCAGCCCUGCCCUUGGCGGAGGAAGAAGAGGAGGAGGAGGAAGAGGAGGAGGACGGGCCCCGCUUCAUGGAGCCGAGGGAUCGGCCGAGCCGCUUUCCCGCAAGCAGCGGAGGAUGCGGCUUUGCGCCAGCGACAUCCAGAGAUGCUCCAGCCUUAGCAACGGCGCCCGCAGCUCCGGAGAGCCCCCUCCCCGCUGGAACGGAGGAGACGUCAAGCGGACCCCCCCCCUCCCCACCCUCGCCGCAAGAGGCGGGGGCGGGGGGCGACGGCCAGCCCCGGCCCCUCCGCCUUUACGAAGCAGGCAGGCCCCUCCCCGCCGGACUUGCCAGCCAACCAGCCCAGAACCGAACCAGACAGUUAUAGAGGUGCAAAUGACAGACUCAAUAAUUCCUCUGCCUAGUCCAACCCCCUGCGCAAACAGAAGAACUUAUAGCAUUUCGGACAAGUGGCUAUCCAGUCUGCUCUUAAAAACCUCCAGUGAUGGAGCAGCCACAACCUCUGAAGGCGACUUCUCACAGUUCUCACUGUCAGGAAAUUUCUCCUUA